AUGUCCCAGGUUCCCACGCCGCCACCGUCGCGUCCAGGCUCGGAAGCCCCCGAGCCCGUGUCGAAGCCCGCGGGGGCGUCAUCGGAGCUGCAACUGUCGUUGGACGCCCUGCUUGAGCAGUACUUGCACCUGCUGGACCGGCAACAAAAAUUGCAGUCGGGGCUGGCGAAGCAGUUGUCUUCGGGGUUCCUUUCCCUGGCCCAUGCAAACUACACCUGUCCGCCCGGCCGGCGAUAUGGUGCGGACUACUACGAUGAGCGGAUGAAGGCGACGCGGAAUAUAUCUAUUCACGCUGAAUCCGAGGUGGACGACUCCGCACAUCAAACAGAGUUGACAGAUGGAGCAGAUGGGUCUCGCCCGGAUGGUUUUUACUACAAUUUUCGCCUGGAGACUGUCGCCAACCGUCCGGCAGAAGAGAAUACCGAGAAGACGGACGACCAAGUCGACAAUGACCCGGCAUCUAGGGAAGCUACAAACACGGAAUCACCACGCGAAACAGACACUUCCUCUUCUCAAGAUUCCAGCGCGGAUACAGCAGCACCAAAGGAGACCAAGAUUGUCCGCAAGAAGUUCCGCUCCGACGAUCCCAUCUACUGGUACGGCAUCCUGGUGCCGCCCUCGCUGCGCACCGCCCAGAAGUCCUUUACGGACGCUGUCCUGAGCCACGUACCCGAACUGGCGGGCGCCAUUGUGGAAAUGCGGGCAUUGGAACAGAAGAUCGCACAAGUACGGAGCGAGCUCAGCGGUAACUCUUCCGAGAAGGCCGGUUCUCAGUGA